UAGUAGUAGUAGUAGUAGUAGUAGUGUGGUUGAUAUGCUGUUCUUCUUACUCGUUGUUUCUGCCGUCACUAGCAAUAAGCGACAUGAGUAGUAGUAGCAGCAGUAAAAACAACCCAAAGGGAAACACCAGUGUCAGCAACAGCAGCAGCAGCAGCAGCAGCAGCAGUAGUUAUAUUGUCGUCUGGGCCUAACCUCUUUCUUCCCCUCCCUUACUUCCUCGUUUCUAAUUUCUCUAAGGCUAUGAUGUUCCAUCAGUCUCUCAGUACCGAGCGUCAUACCUCGGCUCUCCACUCGGCAACCAAACUCGGCCCUAACAACUGCCCAGCUGGCUCCCACAAACUGAUAGAAAAGGAGCUUAUUGUAGGAGAAAGUUUUUAGAUAUUAUCGACAAACCAAUUAGAAAACAUACUGAAUCAAACAACAACAACAGCAACAACGAAACCAAAACGCCUAUUUUUACUUUAAAGACACUCCUCUAAAAGAACAACAACAACAACAACAAUUAUGAAUAAUUUGAAAGAAUAAAUGAAAUUAUCAAAGAAACACGGGACAGGCAGUGCGACGAUGCCAAUAGCUUAACAACGAUAAGUUAAAAAACCCAGCAAAACAUCCUUUGACACAAAGCAUGUUACAAUAACAUUAGCGAACGUUGUAGUUGUUGAUUUUGUGGUUGUUAUUACUGUUGUUGAUUAUUUUUGUUGUAAAAAAAAAAAAAAGAAUUAUGAUAACCAGAAUAAAGGAAUAAGUAAUUACUUAAGAAAAGUUCAUUGAAGCAAGUUACUGCUGUACAGCGUGACCGGACAGACGCGGAUGCAUCCAAGGAAGUGUUUGCUAUAUUAAAGGAUUGUUAUACCAAAAGAGGAAGAGCAACGUGAAACCGAACGUGUUGAGACACAACGCUUAAAGAAAAGUAGCAAAAGAAAGAGAGAGGAGAAAAAAAAAGGGGGGAGAGAAAAAAAAUUUAGGGAGAAAGAAAGAGAAGGAGAAGGUAAAAAGGAAAAGAGAAAAAGUGUGUGUAUGUAUGCGUGUGUGAGUGUCUCGGCUUGUGUGUGUGUGUAUGAGAGAAAGAAAGAGAGAAAAAGGAGAAAGUAAGAGAUGAAAGUAAAAGAGAACGCGAGAAAAUGUUUUGGCAGCAAAAAGUUGUUUUAGGAGUAGAACUAUCGAAAUUCUAGAGAAAAAUACAAUACAUUUAAAUGUAAAGAAAAGAAAAGCAAACAUAUUUACACAGAAUUUAUCUGUUUAUAAGCCAUACACCAAUCAACACAAAAAUAUUUAAAUUUGAUAUAAGCACGUUUGUAUAUAUUGUAUAUAAGUAUAUUAAUAAAUAGGCACAUAUAUACAUUCAUACAUAAAUACACACAUACGUACGCACACACACACACACAUACAUACAUACAUACAUACAUACAUACAUACAUACAUACAUACAUACAUACAUACAUACAUACAUGCAUACAUGAUUAUAUAUUGAGUUGAAAUAAUUAUAUCUUCAAAAGACAAUUUUACUGGUGCAUUUAUCCAUUGGUUCAAAAUUCCAUUAAAAAUACCUAUGCAAGCUUCUUAAGAAUAACUUAAAAUAUUACUCGCGUAUUUGCGUGUGCUGAGAGAUAUACUUCAUAGUUAAGUUCUUCCUACUUAUAAAUUAAUCCUACUUGUACUUUUAUCAUCAUUAAAUUCAAGAGAGCAUUAGCAACAAAUACGCUGUGUUGAAUACAGUGUACAGCUAUCUCUCUAUCCAUCUAUCUUACUCUCUUCCCUCCUCCUUCUCUCUCCCUCUCUCUGUCUUAUCUGUCUAUCUAUUUAUCUAUCACUUUGACUUCACGUUUGUCAAUACAUCAAUCUAUUUAUUUAUAAGUGCACAAUCUGUAAAUAGACAAGUCUCUCUUCUAUAUUUCUUUCCCUUCCAAUAUCACACUUUUCCCCUCUCUCUUCUCACAAACACACACGCGCGAACGCUCACACGCACACACUUACAUGAGCGCGCACGUACACGCACACACACACAUACAUAUAUGUAUAUAUUUUUUAUAUAUGUAGUUCUAUUUAUACUUAUGUAAAUAUAUAUUUAUGGAUUUUUGAAUGUGUGAUGGAUGAAAAAGGAUUAAAUAAGUUAAUUAAUAUUAUUAUAUAAUAGUAAAUUCGGAAUAAAACUUACUAAACACAACUACUAAAACAUUAUAUAGAAGGUAGAUAUAACACCAAGCACCGACUAUACAAUACCAGGAUUUCUUAAGAUCGUCGGAGAAAUGGCCCAAAGUUCUGUUAUGUGGAAUGGCAGAUCAGUUUUUUCGCCGGUCUCCAUUAUUUUCGCUUGUUUUUGUAUAUACAGUGUGAUAGAGCCGUCAGCCACAACUGGAAUGUGGUGGAACUUGGGAUUACAGAGUGGAGAGGUAUGGCGGAAGAUGUACAUGCUUGGAGCACGCCCGAUGUGUGUUGGUCUCAAAGGUUUGUCUGUUGGCCAAAUUCAAAUAUGUCAAACACAUUACGACCACAUGCCAAGUGUUGGUCGUGGAGCUCAGUUAGGAAUCAGGGAGUGCCAAUAUCAGUUCCGAAAUCGCCGAUGGAAUUGUAGCAUAGUCGGUGAUGAAACAGUGUUUGGUCCUGUUUUGGAACUUGGUAGUCGAGAAAAUGGUUUCACACAUGCUAUAUCUUCUUCUGGUGUAGUAUAUUCCAUCAGUCGAGCAUGUCAACAAGGUCAGUUAUCUCGGUGUGGAUGCAGUGAAGCCCCUCGGCCACCGACGAUACAUAAAGAUUGGCUAUGGGGAGAAUGUGGGGACAACAUUGAGCAUGCCUACAAAUUUGCAGUUGGUUUUAUUGAUAAACGAGAGAAAGAAAGAAAUUAUCCGCGUUUCUCGCGUGGAUUAGCCAGAAUGCUUAUGAAUCUUCAUAACAAUGAAGCUGGAAGACGGGCGAUCUUCAAACAUGCUACUGUUAGCUGCAAAUGUCACGGUGUGUCUGGUUCUUGUAGUCUGAAGACUUGCUGGCAGUCAUUACCAGAUUUCCGCUCGGUAGGAAACCGACUUAAAGAGAAAUACAAUGGAGCCACUAAAGUUCAUUUUAACAGCCGAGGCACUCGGCUGGUUCGACGUAAUCAUAAGUUCAACAAACCUACAAAAGAGGAUAUUAUCUACUUGGACGACUCACCUGAUUACUGUACGACAAACCCUGCAGCAGGCGUUCUUGGAACAGUCGGAAGGGAAUGUGACUGGACAUCAAAAGGCCUUGGUGGCUGCGCAUUAAUGUGCUGUGGGAGAGGUUACAAUUCAUUCCGUAAGAAAGUAACGGAACGUUGUCACUGCAAAUUUGAAUGGUGUUGCGAGGUGAUAUGCGAUACUUGUGAAUAUUACGUUGAUGUUCAUGUAUGCAAAUGAAUUCAACAGACAAUAAUAAUAAGAAAUUUAGCAUUUCAUGUUACAAGUGAUAAUAAAAAUUGGUGGAAUCAGUUUAUACAAAAAAUUAUGUACGCCAAUUGAUUAAUAUCAUAAAUAUAAAUAAAGUUCGUACAAGAGGAGCGAAGAUAAAUCUGGAGAGGACAAAAAACUAAAAUGCAAUAUGGAAUUGAAUGUUCAUUUAUAUUAUAUACAGAGACAUCAUUGUCGUUUGUAUCAUGGGAUA